AUGUUAUCGACCCUUUGCACCAAGGUACCCGAGACAAUAUCUUUAAGUGACUCCCCUACCCUCUCACCAACAAAUGUCUCAACUUUGUCCAACUUCUCCUUCAAUGAUUCAACCCCUCUCCUUCUUCAUGACGCAGAAAAAAACAGCAACAGUGAUUUGGGAAAUUAUAGUCUUCUGAAUCAUCUGCGUCGACUCAUGCUCGGUACUUCCGCAUCCUUCCAGUUUAGAAGACUUCAAGAUAGUGAGAUGGAAGAAGACGCUCGAACAGUCGUGACAUAUAUCUCUCUUGGAGCUUCAACCCCACUUCAGCAACGCCAUAUGAACUGCCAACAAUCGAAGGCUGUGAGUAAUACCGAGAUUAAAAAUGUGCUCCGAACCAAGGGUUUGGCCAAACCAAUAAGACGCCAAAAGUCGCCUAAGAAACGACACGUUAGUUGGAAGGAUUUGGAGCCGGGAUUUACCGAAGAGAAAGAUGUCUUCAACCGCCACUCAAUGUAUCUUCCCUCUCUGGAAGAAAUUCAAACAGACAAUGAGGAACGAGCCAGAAGGCGUCACAGUUACACUGAAGUGAACGAUCUUGCCUAUCCCCUACCACACAUCGCUCCGCCCUCUUCAAUUCCACUUCGUCAAAGUUUGCUGAAGCGGCAAAAUCACCAACACCAACAGAAUCAGAGACCAUCCAUAACCGUACCAUUAAUGCCAAUUGAAGGAACUGACUUUGAUGAACGCAAAGAGAGGUAUAAAGUUCAACUUCGUCAUUUCAAGCAUCGACGUCGGUAUAGCGAUUGGUACUUCACCCUCUACGAAUUUGACAAACCCGAAAAUCCUGAAGAGUCUUUGGCACUAGAUAGUCAUCUUUUCGACACAAUCUUAUCCCGACUUCACGGAAUCUAUGCGCUCUCCCUGAACAGUGCAUUCGACCCAAAAAAUAAUAGUACUCAACGGAAUCCGCCUGCCCGUCUUUGCUUUGAACGUCUUCCAGAGUUGCCAAUACCCCAGAAUAAUAACAUUAGACGGCAUCAUCGAAGACAACGUCGUUGUGAAAGUCGUUAUAUAUGCAAUUCCCCACCCGGCUGUCUAUCUUGCAUCUCCUUCGGUAUGUUUGAUUCCACCUCACCGCACAAUCCCGGCCAACUCUUCUGCCCUGAAGGAAGUUUGUCAGGGGAGAUAAGGUCAUUUUACUGUCAUGGUUGUGGGAGGAACAUGACCGGUGGUUCGAGUCUAAUCAGUGUUGUGGGAAGUGCAGGAUCAGAUCAGAAGCCUGAGUUCUGCUAUUCCAUGACUCGAUCCGUAGAAUUCUAUAAAUUCGCACGAACAAUACAGCUGUUGAAACAUAGUGAGAGUAGACUAACAGAGAACAGACGGCGUCACAGAACUUCACCCGGCAAACACAAUCCAGCUUCCAAAACACCUCAUGAUAGGGCCUUCCGAGCCCCGAAGCGUUCUCGGCAUCGUUCCAGUGGACUUCAUCAUCCACGUGAAUCCAUUUCAGUGCCUCCACUGACACCCUUCCCGCAAUCAUUUCUCAAAAUUGACAAUCCAGUUCCUUCAGCAACUUCAACACGAAAUUCCAAUCGUGAGAAACGCAAGAAGGUGCGUCGAGUAAUGCACAAGAGAAUGAGUCAACAACGCGUUGCUGAUUGGUUGGUUUCGACACACGGUAACCAGGCCACUAACACUACCACCACCCCUGCAUCCUGCACACCCCCUCUCAUUGUCUUUUAA